UGUGCAGAUGCUGUUUGAACGUGCUGGGUCACGCAUUUGCUGCUGAUACUAUUUUAGAUCAAAUACAAAAGACUGUUUGCCAGAGCUCUCAGAGCAAUAUUCCACAAAGACCCAAGAGAUUUGUAGCUAUCCAUUUGUCUGCUGUGAAAUGGAACCUGUGCUCAUGGUGGCUGCUCUCCACGCUCUGUGUUUGUGUCAAGGACUCCAGGGUGCACCUGAUUCUUCUAAUGGCAACAGGACAGAACCUGUCAUGAGUGACAAGCCUGUAUUCAAGCACAGUGGGUCCUACAUUCUCAGCCUCUCUCAGGCUUGCUCUGGAACUCUGGGGACUCUUCACCAAGGCAGGUGGAUAGCUUUAAGCCUUAAACGUCUGAGCACUGAAGACAUUAGACCUUUGGCCCAUCAAGCCUGUGAGAACCUGGGCUGUGGGGGAUUCUUCAGUGUCACGGAUAAUGGGACAGCACCCAGUAACUCCUGCCUGACUGACUGCAUCAUCAGAAACUCCACAGUGCACAACUGCACAGAAGAUCCACUGAGCGAGUGUGUGCAAACAGUAGAGGUAGUCUGCGAGCACCAAGCAAUCCGGUUGGCUGCAGGCAAUGACAGGUGUGCUGGGCGGGUGGAGCUGCGACAUGGCGGGCAGUGGGGCUCAGUGUGUGAUGAUGAUUGGGAUUUGAGAGAAGGAAAUGUGGUGUGUGCCCAGUUGGGCUGUGGUACUGCCGUGAUAGUGACAGUUGAGGCUGUUGCAUUUGGCCCAGGGACAGGCCCCAUUAACAUCAACAAGCUGAACUGCACUGGGACAGAGAACAACCUGUGGCAGUGCAGCACGCAGAAGCCCUCCCACAGGGACUUCUGUGGCCAUAAGGAGGAUGCUGGAGUAGUGUGUUCAGAAAGUGUUAAUGUACCAGUGACCCUGACACCAAUUGAAUUAAGUAAAACAAACUGGACAACAGAGUUUCUAAUGGAGGUGGCUGCUAAGGACCACAGAAGCAGGUUUUCAGCUCUAGCAUUGAGCUGUAUUGGUCUGUCCAUUGCUCUGCUGUUACUGUUGAUUUCAAACAUUGGUACUUGCACAUAUUACAGAGGAAGAAAUAAUGAAUUUUUAAUUUACGAAAGACAAUCUAACUCCCACACAUCUGUGGGGCUCCAGAGAGGAGAGCCGAGAAACAGCAACAGUCUGCAUGCUGUCACUGCACAAAUGGCUGAGGAUGGAGGACUUGCAGUCAGGAGAUCCUCACAGAAUGACAGUUCUGACACCUCAAGUGACUUAGAUUAUGAACAUUAUUACCACUGUAAUAUCCAGCCACCUGUUGCUGUGAACUUCUCUAGUGAUGUGCUUGAUUCAAAGAGCACAUCUUCGGGGGAAGGAUAUGAAAACUCACAAACUGAAAGGCAGAAACUUUUCGAUGAAGCCUUAGAUGAUGCAGCUGUGGUUGGUAAGUGCUUUCAAGCACAAGGAAAACUCUGCACAGAGGGAAAUGCUCUGGAAAGCACAAGAAGUUGUAGUGUCCUUGAUUCAGAGAGCACAUCUUCAGGGGAAUGUUACGAAAACCCACCAACUGAAGGGGAGGACCUUGGGAAUCCAGGUGUUAACAAGAUUUACCUUGAGCACUCACUGCAGAUGCUACCUUUGCACAGUACCAGUGAACAAGCCAAAAGAGAAUUAGUGGACUCAAAUGAUUCAGAUAGUACAUCUUCUGGCGAAUGCUAUGAAAACACAGGGAUUGACGCUGCAAACCUUCUUGAGACAUUGGAGCGAAGCCCAUCACUGCUUGUGCAGCCCCUCCUGUGCCACCACACACCUCAGCUGACAGGAGACUGCAGUCUUCCCCAACCAAGAUCCCCAACCGAAGGUGACAGCAGCACAUCAUCUGAGGAAGCAUAUGAAAAUGUCCCAAUAGACAAUAUGAGUGGCCUUGGUGCAAGCGAACAACAAACCCAGUCCUCUUCAGACAGUGACUAUGAUGAUGUUGCAAACUGGAGUCAGGUGUGACGACACAGUGGCCAACCAGUUACAUGAAUCAUUUAACCAACUACAAGGGAUUACAAAAUCCAGGACCAGAUUUGAAUACAUCUGACCUAAAGGUUUGGCUCUAAAGACACUCUGAAAUUAAAUACCAAUUUGAAUACUACUGGCCUAAAUGUUUGGCUCUAAGGACACCUUUUCUCAAAGCUGUUAAGAGUAACAGUCCAUCAAGUUCUCCUCAUAGUGCCUUGUACUGGACACUGACAAAGUAUAAGAAAAUCACCAUGAAGCAAAGAUUCUGGCUUAGCUUGAACAUGUGAUCUAAAAAAAAAAAUGCUGUGCAAAAUAAAUACAAUUGAGAUUACAACAUAAAGGUAUAUGGAAAAAUUAGUCACUGUCUGUUGGUGAAGCAAAUCUAGAGCACCCAAACACUGAGCCUAAAAUACAGAAACUGUAGAGUGUGAAAAAUGUACUUAGCCACCCAUUACUUUAUUCUUUGCACCAAUGCUGAUAAACAUAUCUGACAUUGCCUCUUUCUUAUGCAUGACCAUACUUAUUCUUGCUUCCUUCCCUGCAAUAUUACUCUUUGAAAAAAGCAAUGGCAGACACCUCUCACUCGAUUACCUUAAUUGAAAGCAGAAUGUCAUCAUCUAAGAGUAAUGCACAGACAUUAAACAAAAUGGCUAAUAAAAAAAUUAAUAACUGCCUAGUGGUGGUUUCCCAUUUUUUUGGAUAUUGG